UCACUAAAUCCAUUCAACGGAGCCAGGCGUGAGAGUCAUGGUCAUUGGAUUAAAUUAUUUCUCGCUUUGCGUUCAUUUGCGAUAACAUGAAGGUGUUUUCCCACUAUAUGAAGUGAAAAAUCAAUUCAUUUUCAGGAUGAAGGAACUGACUAAUAAGAUACCAGUUAUGAGGCACGACAUUUUCUUCCAUGAAGAUCUUUUUAAAUUACCUUGAAGGACUCCUUUGCCAGAAAUGACGAGGAGGAGAAAAAGGACUAAAGCUAUUUUUCAGAUUAUGAAUUUCGUCAUACUGACGUCAAUUCUCACUUUCGCCAUGAACAAUGUCGUCCUCGGAAUGUCCGCUUAUCGAGGUGCAUGGAUAGGAGGAGAUGUUUUCUGCCAGUUAUUUGCCUACUUCAGCAAUUCUCUGAUCUCUUUCGUUAUUUUGGGGGCAACUCUGGCGACAUUUGAAAGGAAGUAUGCUGUGAUUGACCCGGACAAACAUCUACAAGUAUUUACACCAAUCAACACCAAGCUUCUGGUGGCGGGAUUUUGGAUGUUGUCCGUCUUGCUUUGUGCUGGUCCCCUUUACGGCUGGGGAGAAUAUUCAAAUUUUAAAGGUGUAAUGAAGAUUUUGAUUUCUGUAACAUUGGAUAGGAAUGAUUCAGAGAGCUUUACAGACUCUCCUCAGAAUACAACGCUUGGCAGCAUUUUGUGUCAACCGAACAACGGAACGCACUACAACAGAAUGCAAGAAAUUGCAGAUAGGACAAUGUCCACUGUCCUGCAAGAAUGGCCUGGCACAUUUCGUCGCUCAUUAAUAAGUAACUGUGAAAACGGACAAAUUAUUCUUCUACUCAGAGCACAAAAAACCGCAGUAGCCGAUUUUAUCUUCCGCGAUAUUUCAGUAAUGCGUUUUGAUGACGUCAUUAUGGAGAAAAACAAUGAAUCUGUCGGUCAUGAGACAGGAUUGUUAUUGAAAUCUACGGUGGAUAGAAAUGAUUUUCAGCUGUACAGAGACACGUAUAUUUCUUUCCAAAGCAUUGGUGUAUGCUCUUUGGAUUUCUCACCUACAAACGCUUAUGUGUUGUCCUCGACAAUUUAUGUGUUGUGCACUACUGUUAUUGCACCCCUACUGCUAAUGAUAUUAAAUGUAUUGGUUAUUUACAAACACAUUAAGUGCCCCUACUAUUCACUUAAUGGUGACGUUCCUUACCUCAGAUGCGUCAACGUUGGAGGAAUUGCGUCAGCUAUGUGCUGUAUACCGUAUUAUAUUAUUAACUUUUUGAAUAUGCAUGGAGUAGUGAUUAACAGAAUAGUGAAUAUAUUGUGUACAGCAAUGUUUUACAAUGCUCCACUUUGCAUAUCCUUGCCAUUUCUAAUUAAGUACAUUUCAAAAUUGCUCAAAAGGAGACCAACAAGGCCCAUAGUGGAAGCAACGGAACUACAAAGCAUUGUAGACUCAACAGUUGAGUGAGAUUUUAUGCAAGGGCACUGAAGUCUGUACAAUGUUCAUCUCAGGCAGCGAUUGAUUUUUUGUUCAAAGAAUGUUUUUGACGUUUUAUUAAUUUCAUUGCCUUCAUUUACAUCUCAGCCGUUGUUUAAAUCAAUACUUGAUAGAAUUAUACGGUUUUUUUCACGGAACAUAAUAAAGAUUUCUAUACGAAGUCAAUCUGGAUUUCACAUUAAGUAUUUUUAUCAAUCAAUGGUGGUUUUGCUAUAUCUUGAUACUAGAGUUUUUUUAUAUCUUACUUUUUUUCCUGCCGUUAUAAAGACGUUCUAUUAAACUUA